AUGACCAAUUCAAAAAAAAAAUUAAGUAAACUACGUAAAUAUUUUGUAGUUCUCGAUGGGGUAGGUUCUGUACCUUACCGUUUAAUAAGAACAAUAUUGAUGGAUUUUAAGCCUGAAAAAAUCCUUGAAUUCGAAGAAAAAAGUCCUCAACUUGCAAAAGACGAUAUGGAAUUAUGGGAGAUGUUUUGCCAAAAAUUAAAUGAAAAAGCUUACCAAGAGAGGAAAAAGAAAAAAUCUGUUGAUUGGCGGAAAUACUACUUUCAUCUUCUGAAAGAACAAAAUGCUAAAUUUGAGAAAGCUCGAGCGAAAUUAAGAGCAUCAGUAGCUGCGACAUUUUUCGAUAAUUUAGCAAAGAAAAAUUUAACCCCGUUGCAAAAACUACGAAAAGAAAUGAUAAAAACAAACUACAACGACAACAAUAAACUAAAAAAAUACAGUAUGAGUGUUCCAAUCACUUGGUUGCAACGAGAAGGUGGAUUUAAGAUUUAUAGCCAUGAUAGUAGCAGCAAUACAUUUUCUUCUGCGAUAAAAUCAAUUUCUAAAUCAUCACAAAAAUUAGAUUUAAGAUAUAAACCUUAUCCAACAAUACCUCGAUCAAAUGCAAUUAGAAUGAUUUCGUCAUCAUCAACACCAUCAAUGUCGAAAAACCGGAGAAUUAGAUCUUCUUUCUCUGGAACAGUAAAGACUAAUAAUAACAUUUCAUUAAACAAAGAGAAAAGUUCAAUUUCUAGCUUGAAAAUCGCUAGAGCAACUUCACAACCUUAUUCGAUAAAUAGGCCUUCUACUACAUCUCCUAAACUUAAAUCAUUAUCAUCGUCACCAACAACGACAAAUCCUUCUACAAAGUUUUUUGGGGCUAAAAAAGCCCAAUUAAGUACUCCACCAACCAACUCGUUGACUAAAAAAGCCGUGUCACCUGUGAUUUCAUCAAAGUCUUCUUCUACUAUUAAACAUAGAGUGAAUUUAAAGCAGGAGAAAUUUUAA